CAAUCCACUCUUAUCCUCUCCCUGCAAAACCCUAAUUCACACCCAAAGAGAAAAGAAAAAAAAAAACAACAGUGGUACGUGAUGCCACCGAAGUUCGAUCCCUCGCAGGUGGUGGACGUGUUCGUCCGAGUCACCGGCGGCGAGGUCGGCGCGGCGAGUUCUCUCGCCCCGAAGAUCGGUCCCUUGGGACUCUCCCCAAAGAAGAUCGGAGAGGAUAUUGCGAAGGAAACCGCGAAGGACUGGAAGGGCCUCCGCGUGACGGUGAAGCUAACCGUGCAGAACCGGCAGGCGAAAGUGACGGUGGUGCCAUCCGCCGCCGCGCUGGUCAUCAAGGCGCUGAAGGAACCCGAAAGGGACAGGAAGAAGACGAAGAACAUCAAGCACAAUGGGAACAUCUCCCUCGACGACGUGGUUGAGAUCGCUAGGGUGAUGAGCCCGCGCUCCAUGGCGAAGGAUCUUAGUGGGACCAUCAAGGAGAUUCUCGGGACUUGUGUUUCGGUUGGGUGCACCGUGGAUGGGAAGGACCCCAAGGAUCUGCAGCAGGAAAUUUCUGAUGGAGAUGUUGAGGUUCCUCUUCAUUGACGUUAGUGAAAUUUCAGUGUUUUUUUUAUUUGUUUCGAUUAUGUUGUUUUUGUUUUCGGCAAUUUUGGUUUUUUUUUUACAAGGAUAAAGGAAAUUGAGUCAUAGAAAUAGUAUGGUAGUUAAGACUUAAGAGUGCUGGUUGGUAAAUGAUAUAACAUUGUUGGAAUUUUGAGUAAUUUUGUGAUGGAGUGGUGAUUUGUAGGGGUUGCCAAACCAUUUGUCUAAUUUUAAGGUUGGAUCGUAAUUUUGUUAUUUGCCAUAUUGUCGUGUCUUUUUGAGUUAUACCUUUGUAUUACUGGUAUUUAUGAGAAUGUGGUUAAUGUGUUUCUAAUUGUAA